AUGAGAGUCAGUAUUUUAAAAUAUGUUCUUUUUUCAAUUGUUAUUUGUUCUUUUGAAUAUGGCAAAAAUGAAUUAUACCUUGUAAACGAUAGAAACAUAUGCCUUGAAAUGAAUGUAAUAAACUUUAGAAAUAAUAGGAUAUUAGCAGAUGCAGAUAACGAAUUUGAUUUAAAUGGAUUUUAUCAAUCAACUUUGAAUCUUGCAAAUCAACUUGGUGAUUGCAUUGAAGGUAACAAAGAAAUAGAAUAUCUUAUAAAUAUUAUAGAUUCACAUAUAAAGAAACAUAAAGAAAGUAACACAUCACUUGAUUUAAAAAAUGUAGAUAGUAAGACAAAAACAUUAAUUAAGGAGCUUCGAAAAGAAUUAGAAGAAUUAAAAAAACAUAUUUCUGAUAAAACGAAUGGUGAAUUAUCAAUACAGCUUAUAGAUGAUAAAAUAAUAAUAAAAAAAGAUGAAAAUGGUUCUGUAUCAGAACAUGAAGACUUUAAACAAUUGAAAAAUAAUGAAAAUAAUAAAAUUGCAUCAAGUAAUCGUCAUACGGAAUCAGAAUUGAUUAAAAAAUAUAGAAAAGAAGCAAUCAAACUCAUCCUGUCGUGUUUGGCAUAUGUAGCAGUUGCUUUUUCGGUAUCAAUAGGAGGGUCGUUGUACUUAACGAUACUAUUCUUACUGCCUGGACUUUCCAUAUGUUAUUUCCUUUGGAGAUUUAUUAAAUACUCCAAUAAAUUAGAAAAAGUAUUAAGGUUCAGGGUUCAGGGUUUAGAGUUUAGGGUUCAGGGUUCAAAGUUAUAUUUUUAUUAA